UCGUGUGAUCACGGGUGUGUCGAAAGCCGUCCAACUUCUUUUAUCGAAAGUGGUGAUGCAAAUGUGGAAUGGCGACAAUCCUUUCGUCGUUGUGACAGUGACUUUUAAAGGAAUAUCCAACGUGCUGUUGUCCAACGCGAUGUCCGAGGGCGAAUCGAGCCAGCGGCGAGGGGGCGCCUCCUCGAAAUCUCGUGCAUCCUAUUACUCUUUCCUGCCCCUCUUCUCGAACUGGAAUUUACUUCCAACCCGAGAGGACGAACGUGAACGCGGUAUGCCGAAUAUACAUGCACGACACGUGGAAACGAUUCAACGAAAUAGAACGUGGACAAGGGAUUGACAGCCUCAUCUACAACAAGCAUAACAAGAUACCGAUAAUUUUGAAAUUUUCUCUUCUUUAUAUCUAACAACGUCUCUGUCCUUCGUCUCUCAAAGAACGAUAUAACGAUUCGAACCUAAGAACCUCCGACUUAAUUAACGGAGACUAUGAAACCGGUUCGAUAACUCGGUGCACGAUCACGUGUCUGGCCAACCGUUCGGCUCAUCGUUUCUGGCAAAGGGUUUCUGUCGAAAGGUAGUCGAAACACACGAGAGAGAGAGAGAGAGAGAGAAAAUAUACAUAUAUACAUAGCAGAGAAGAGAGAACAUAGAGAAGAUAAUAGAGAGUGUGCACGUGUGGGACGAGAAGAGGAAGAGGGUGAAAAGUAAGGGACAAAGGAGGAGGAGUAGGUGGAAGAAGAGAAGAACAACGGACUACUGCAACGUGGAAGUUGAAGAAGCGGAGGAGGGGAGGAGAAAGGACAAGCAGGGAAGUUUCCAUUUGUCCAAAGUGGAUGGGGGUGAAAAUGUUCGGAGUGUUGCUGGCAUGUGUCUGGCUGGUUGCCGGCUCCCCGUUACAUCCCUGGCCGUUAACACCGCACAAAGCGAUCACUCAGGGGUCGUACAUCAGAUACUAUACAGCCGUCUGGUACGACACCGCGGCUCUAAAGGAACAUCGGAGCAGAAGUCGUCGUGACGCUUCAACUUCCGGCUAUCCGGGAGACGCGACGCUGAAUCUACGCCUUCACGCUCUCGACAGGGUGUUCAAGAUGAGGCUUAUCAGAGAUACGAGUUUAUUCCACGAAAAUGUGGUGUUCGAGGGAUCGAACGGCCGACAAAUUGCCUUCGACCCGAUGCAUGCCUACACCGGAACCUUGGAGGACGACGAGAACUCGUCCGUACACGGGAUGGUGACGGAGGAAGGUCUCUUCGAUGGAACGAUCUCGACAGCAUCGGGCGAGAUCUACAUCGAGCCAACCAGCAGAUACGCUCCCCCCGUGUGCCAUCGGCAAGACGGCAAGGAUAAUGACACGACAGACGCCAUGCAUCACCAUACGAUCGCGUACCGUUCCGUGGACGUGAACAUUCCCCGCCGCAACGGAUAUCCGUGCGCGAGCGAGCUGUUGCGAGAGAACACGUUAAAUGAAUUAAGGACGAACGGGACGUGGAGUGGAUAUCUCGGGGGCACGGCGCGCCCGCUUUAUCAAUACGAGGGGAAGUCCCGUGCCAAGCCCGGCUUGUAUCCGAAAGACGUUAGGAAGAAGGACCCGAUGGCGAGCUCGCAUAACUUAGAGGUGCUCGACAGAUUGUACAGGGAGCGAUAUUCGAGAGUGCUUCGCAAACGAACCUCGGUGGAUCCAAAGAAGACCACUUGUAUGUUAUAUCUACAAGCGGAUCACACGUUCUUCAAUCAUUACAAGUCGGAAGAGGCCAGCAUCGAGGUGAUGACUCGCCACGUGCAACGUGUCAACUCUAUAUAUAGGUAUACAGAUUUCAAUCAGGAUGGUCAACCGGACAAUAUUAGCUUCAUGAUAAAAAGGGUGAAAGUCCAUGGUGAAGAUGCCUUAAAUGAUCCAAGCUACAGGUUCACCGGUACUUAUGGGGUAGAAGAAUUCCUCGAGUUAUUCUCCGAGGAGGACUACGACGCGUUUUGUUUGUCGUACAUGUUCACGUAUCGUGACUUCGAGAAGGGAACUUUGGGCCUGGCUUGGACCGGCGAUCUGAAAAACGCGGGCGGAGUUUGCGAGAAAAACGGGCACUACAGAGGUAGCAUGAAAUCGCUGAACACAGGUAUAAUCACCCUCCUCAACUACGGCAAACACGUACCACCGACGGUUUCUCACGUCACCCUUGCUCACGAGAUCGGUCACAACUUCGGAUCCCCUCACGAUCCAGACGAGUGUUCACCAGGCGGGGAGGACGGAAAUUUUAUAAUGUUCGCAAGAGCCACUAGCGGGGAUAAACGAAACAACAAUCGAUUCAGCCCUUGCAGCCUGGUCUCCAUAAAUCCAGUUUUAAAUGCCAAAGCCCGCUCGUCUAAGGGGUGCUUUGCCGAGCCCCAAAACGCCAUCUGCGGGAACGGCGUGGUGGAAGAUGGCGAGGAAUGCGAUUGCGGAUGGGAGGAGGACUGCAACGACCCUUGUUGCCAUCCCCAACGGCUCCAUCACGCCCUUCACGAGCUACCUUGUCGUCUUGCCGAUGGUGCAGUGUGCAGCCCCAGUCAAGGCCCUUGCUGCACAUCCGGUUGCACCCUGCGCAACGGCGAUAAGUGCAGGGACGACAACGGUUGCAGAGACGCGAGCUUUUGCGACGGGCGUAGCCCCCAGUGUCCGCCAUCCAUCAACAAGCCCAACAAGACCAUAUGCAACGAGGAAUACGUCUGCUACAUGGGGGAAUGUACCGGGAGCAUUUGCCUGGCUUACGGAUUGGAAUCGUGUCAGUGCAUCGCGGGACCCGACGAUCCCCCGACCAAAAGCUGCGAACUCUGCUGUAAAUUGGCAGGAGAGGAUCAACCAUGCCUAUCAUCGUUCGCAUGGAAUUCAGCGCCUUACGAUAUUCCUGACAUGCUGUCGAAACCAGGCACGCCGUGCAACGAUUACAAUGGGUAUUGCGACGUCUUCCAAAGAUGUCGAGAGGUGGAUCCCAGCGGACCGCUGGCAACUUUGAGAAGACUACUCUUGUCGGACGCCAGCCUAGCAAGCUUCCAACGAUGGAUGAUCGAUCGCUGGUACAUCGUUGCAGCAAUUAUCCUCGUCUUACUGUCGAUCUUGGCGUGCCUGGCGUAUUUCCUGGCCAAACGGCGGGACAACCGUGCAAGGAAAACUGGAGGCGAGGCGAGAAACACGGGCGAGGAGGCGGCUACGAGGGGGCGCUCGUCCGUGCGGAAGAUACGAUCUAUGGACAUUUGGUGGGUGAAAAGGAGGAUCGUCGAGGCUAUGAAGAGCAUCGCGUCUCCCCGUCUCUGGAAGAGGGAUGCCCCCUCGGGGGGUGGCACGUUCCUCGCAAGGAUUUCUCGACUGGUGGCCAGCAGAGAUUCGGCCAGCGCCGCGUCGUCCGAGGAGGAGGAGCAAUGCUCGAACGAGGUGGAGAAGUUGUGCAAGAGUGGCGGUGAUAAAACGGGGGUAGGUGAAACGGAGAGCGUGCAGAAGCGAAGGGAGAAAAGGGCGGAGGGAAUGGACGUUUGGAGGCGAGUUUGCUCGUUGCUCGUUGGGAAUAGGGGCGCACAUUCCUCUCCUGCACGGAGAAAAUCGAGCAACAACAGUGAAUCGGCGCGUGGCCCCGGUUGGAGGAGGAGUGUUCAAGUGGAGAGACUGUGCACAGGUUCUAAGGUGAUCGUGAAAUCUUGUAGGAGAGGUGACAGAUGCCAAAUCACCGAACCUCUGGUGAUACCGGACACUCCGGACACCCCUUGCGAGGCGUCAGAGAUGAGAUGUCAAACGUCGGAUUUGACCGUGUUGCUCUCCGAUAGUUAGUUUCGAAGAAGAUGAUCGUGCAACGUUCUGUGAAUAUUUGCAAGUUCCUUCGUUAUAUUUUUGCGCUUGGGAAAAAAUAUCGUUCGAUAGGAUUCGGUGUUCGAAUGAUGACGAACGAAAUUUUAUUCGUCGUUUACAGUUUUCGAUUUAUUAUUCGAUAAUUGUCCUUAAUUGUUUUCGUUGAUCGUUGCUUGAUUGUCGUUUUAAAAUUAAGGGGAUACGGAAGCAAUGGAUUCGUUUAAUUUCAGGAAUUUUUUU